GGGCUGCCCGCCCCGGCCCGCCCCGGCCGCCGGCCCCGCCCCGAGCAGCGCCGUGCCCAGCCGCGCCGUGCCGAGCCGCGGGCAGCAUGCGGAGCGCCGCUGUCGCCGCCACCGGCAUAACAUGCUUGGAAGUACCUGCUAGUGUUGGUUACCUGUACCCUAGCACGAGAGCUCCAGCUUAAUCCUUUUCAACACUUCUUCCAGAACAUGGGGGAAAACGAUGAUGAAAAAUACAGUCAAGCUGGACAGAUAUUUGAAAACUUUGUCCAAGCAUCAACAUGCAAAGGUACCAUUCAGGCUUUUAAUAUUCUCACUCGCCAACUUGAAUUAGAUCCUUUGGACAAUAAAAACUUUUACACCAAACUGAAGUCAAGAGUAACCACAUGGAAGGCCAAAGCUUUGUGGAACAAGCUUGAUAAAAGAGCAAGUCACAAAGAGUACAAACGUGGAAAAUCUUGUAUGAACCCUAAGUGUUUAAUUAUUGGAGGUGGCCCAUGUGGCUUGCGGACUGCCAUAGAACUUGCCUUCCUUGGAGCCAAAGUUGUCGUCGUGGAGAAGCGGGACACUUUUUCAAGAAACAAUGUGUUGCAUCUCUGGCCAUUUACAAUCCAUGACCUCCGGGGACUGGGAGCAAAGAAAUUUUAUGGGAAAUUCUGUGCAGGAUCUAUUGAUCACAUCAGUAUUCGACAACUUCAACUUAUCCUCUUCAAAGUUGCACUUAUUUUAGGAGUUGAAAUUCAUGUGAAUCUAGAAUUUGUGAAAGUCCUGGAACCUCCUGAAGAUCAAGAAAAUCAAAAGAUAGGUUGGAGGGCUGAAUUUCUCCCUGUGGAUCACCCUUUGUCAGAGUAUGAAUUUGAUGUUGUUAUUGGUGCAGAUGGCCGCAGGAACACAUUAGAGGGUUUUAGGAGAAAGGAGUUUCGUGGAAAGCUGGCUAUAGCUAUCACUGCCAAUUUUAUAAACAGAAAUACAACUGCAGAAGCCAAGGUAGAAGAAAUUAGUGGUGUCGCUUUCAUCUUCAAUCAGAAGUUCUUCCAGGACCUUAAAGAGGAAACGGGAAUUGACCUAGAGAAUAUUGUUUACUACAAAGAUAGCACUCAUUAUUUUGUGAUGACAGCAAAAAAACAGAGUCUUCUGGACAAAGGAGUGAUUAUUAACGACUAUAUUGAUACUGAAUUGCUCCUCUGUGGAGAAAAUGUGAACCAGAGCAAUUUGCUGUCCUAUGCCCGAGAAGCUGCUGACUUUGCAACCAACUACCAGCUGCCAUCCUUGGAUUUUGCAAUUAAUCACUAUGGGCAACCAGACGUAGCAAUGUUUGAUUUUACCUCUAUGUACGCAUCUGAGAAUGCUGCACUGGUGAGAGAGAGGCACAGACAUCAGCUCCUGGUGGCACUUGUUGGAGAUAGUUUACUUGAGCCCUUCUGGCCAAUGGGUACUGGCUGUGCAAGAGGCUUCUUAGCUGCUUUUGAUACCGUAUGGAUGGUGCGGAGCUGGGCUCAAGGAAAACCCCCGUUAGAAAUCCUUGCUGAACGAGAAAGCAUUUAUCGACUCUUGCCUCAGACUACACCUGAAAAUAUUAACAAGAACUUUGACCAGUAUACCAUUGACCCAGGAACAAGAUACCCGAACUUGAACUCAAGCUGUGUUCGACCUCACCAGGUGAGACAGUUAUUUGUUACCAAUGAGUUACAGCAAUGUCCUCUUGAAAGAGUAAGCUCCAUUAGAAGAUCUGUGAAUCUCUCAAGACAUGAGUCGGAUAUUCGGCCUAACAAGCUGUUGACCUGGUGUCAGAAACAGACAGAAGGGUACCGUAAUGUUAGCGUCACAGACCUGACUACCUCCUGGAAAAGUGGCCUUGCACUGUGUGCAAUUAUCCAUCGCUUCAGACCUGACCUCAUAGAUUUUGAUGCUCUGAAUGAAGAAGACAUUGUCAAAAACAACCAACUGGCAUUUGAUGUUGCUGAGCGGGAAUUUGGGAUCCCCCCUGUGACUACAGGGAAGGAGGUGGGAUCAGCCGGGGAGCCCGACAAGCUCAGUAUGGUCAUGUACCUCUCCAAGUUUUACGAGCUGUUCAGGGGCACACCUCUGCAGGCAGUAGAUGCUGGGGACAAGCGAAAUGGAGAAAAUAAUGAUCUUUCUUCAGCAAAAUCAUCAAACUUCAUCUUUAAUAAUUACAUCAAUUUAACUUUACCAAGAAAACGAGUACCGAAGGUUGAAGGGAAAACAGAAGAAAAUGAGACUAACAAAAGACGUCGAAAAGGUCUUUUUGGUGUCUUUGAGGAGGCUUCAGGCUUUUCAAGCCAAGCGACAAGUGCUGGGAAAGAACAGAAUGAUAGCAAAGAAGGAGUGAACCAGAAUAAAGUUAAAUCAAUGGCAACUCAGCUGUUGGCCAAGUUUGAAGAAAACGCUCCAAAUACAAUUUUUCGGAGGCAGAAAAGAGCUCAGACCAUAGCAAAUAGAGAAUUCCAUAAAAAGAACAUUAAAGAGAAGGCAGCACAUCUUGCCUCAAUGUUUGGAUACAUGGAGUUUCCAAAGAGUAAGCUACCUACUAAAGGCUUAUCCCAUUCUCAGCCCCCAACUCCCUCUUGCCUUCUACCUCAUGAUUCAGCUGCUGGCUGUCCUCCGUCAUCUGUAGGUUCAACUUCCCCUGCGCUUCCUUCUAGACAGAUGACUGUAGGAAAGGUUUCAUAUGCAAUUGGAGCUAUGGCAGAAGUUCUUGUCAAUCUGUAUGUGAAUGAUCACAGACCUAAGCCACAAAUUCCCCCCCUUGAACUGGGAUCUCUGCGAAAAGAAUUCCCUCAGUCUAUUGGGGGGAGUGACAUUUGUUAUUUCUGCAAAAAACGGGUGUAUGUUAUGGAGCGGCUGAGUGCAGAAGGCCACUUCUUUCACAGGGAAUGCUUUAAGUGUGAAAUAUGUUCUACAACACUCCGUUUAGGGAUUUAUGCCUUUGAUGUUGAAGAAGGUAAAUUUUACUGUAAACCUCAUUUUGCACACUGCAAAAUGAGUAAUAAACACAGAAAGAGAAGAGCGACAUUACAGGUCCAGGGAAAGGAGGCAACAGACACACGGAAGAAAGAAGAACCCAAAUCUACAGAGACCACCACUUUAACUACUGCUAGCAGUCCAGAGGACAGGUCCCCAGGUAUCCUGACUUCCUUCUUUAGGGGCACUCUAAGUUGGCCCCUUCGGGUGACAAGGGAUCUGCUUGACAUUCCCAGACGCCUGUCUAACUGGAUGCAUGGUUUUCUGCACGCUACCAAUCUUCAUUUCAGGGACAAUGCAUAUAACUAUACCUACUUGUAUGAACUCUUGAGCCUUGGUGUGCCAUUCCUCUGUGCUCUUCUAGAGGUACUUACUCAUAUGUACCGGGAAGCAGAGCUAUCACUUGAAAAUGUGCUUGAAUGGGCAAAAAAAUUCUAUAGGGUUUCAGCUUUUAGGGAGAAGGUUACCCUGAGCCGUGCGGAGGCCUGUAUUUUACAAAUUGCCUGGCAGGAUCUCUUCCUGGAGAGCAGCUCUGGGGCAGCUCCCCUGCACCCCGGGGGCUUGGCGCAGGAGCCUCUCAUCAUGGUGCAGCGGCAAAGAGCAUCCUGGAGCGCCACAACUUGGAAAAACUGGUCACCUUCUCCAGAGUGGACCACUGUGAGGGUCAUCCCUGAGGAGGAAAUGACAGAGCACAACCUCCUUGCUAUUCGAGUCAUAGUCACCAGUGAUGCAAGCAGCUCUGAGCUGGAGUCUGAUUUUAAUGGUGAUUCCUCCAACUCUGAGGUGGGUGAAGGAGAGACCUCGCUGCUGGAGCGCCCUGCCUGUCCGAGCCCCCCCCGGUGGUGGGCAUCACUCUCCAGGAGCCCUGUGGUGCCAGAGGAAAGCCACAAAACAUCCAAAGUUGCUGAUGCACUACAGAGAGCCAACAGCUUUCACUCCACUGCAUUAAAUAAGUAUCAGAAUUGGAGAAGAAAAAUCCAAACGAAUUUCUCUCUGCUUUCUAACAAGAAACCUGGGCUACACUGGAAGGAGAGCUCAGCCAGCUGUCAAAGUGAUCUCGGAGAGGAUCAGUUCCAAACACAGAAACCACCAGAAGUUACAAGAGGACAUGUCCAAACCUACAGCUCAGUAUCUCAAAGAAAAGAAAAAGUCAGAGAGAUAAGUGAAGAUGUCCAUCUCUACGUGCCUCAUUGUCCAUUUCAGAGCAGGGCCAGAGGUUCUCCACGGAUCCCUUGUGGUAAUGGGACGCUGGCUGAUGAGUUUUUGGAGCCUGAAGAUGUAGAUUGUGACACUGGGACAUGUACAGGCCAGAGCUGGAAUGAAAACAAACAGAAUUACACCUCUGAAUCACAAGGUUUUAACAGGAAUGCCAAAGUGCUGCCAUCUCUCCGUUUGAAAGAAAAAGAUGAGAAAAAUACAAGGCACCCAGAAGAAAAGUUUGAGCAAGAAUUAAAGGAGGCAAAAAAGAGGCUGGUGCUUUGCACAGAACAGCAUCCUAUGUUGUAUGAGUCAAAUGGGGUAGACUUAGGUGGAACCAGGCUGCAGCAUCAAAACAAAGGAGUGCUGGGUAUUUCAGAGGAGAAGAAUACUGACUGGAGAAAAGGUGUGUUCAAACAAUCUCGUCAUUUGCCUCUCUUAUUUGCAGAUGAUGUACCACCGGCUUUGCCAGUUGACAUGAAAGGUGCUCUGAAGAAUCCAGACACAGCUGCCAAGGCGCCUACAGCUGGCCAGCCAAAAUCACCGCUGAGGCUCAUUGCCAAUGCAAUCAAGAGGUCCAUUUUGGAGCCUCUAACCUUAUCUACAGAAGGACUAAAGCAGGACUCAGACAGCAAAUCCAAAGCCUCUUCAGAACUAGCUUACUUCAGCUUCCCCAGUACUCCUGGCUAUUCCCUAAGCCAAAGGAACAGUAAUAACAACAGAGCAAAUAACAGUCAGCCACAGGAGCUUAAAAUUGGGAAGCAGGCUGGAGAAUAUUUAGGAAUUACUUGCAAUUCUCUCUCAACUCCAUCUAAUUUUUCUGUCAGCUCUGAAGAGAUAUCUCCAAGUGAAUACACCAAGGAGCUAUUCUUCCCUGUCUACAGUCCACACAGCAGGCCUUCCAGGACCACUGGUAUACCUCAUAAAUCACCUUGCACUAGGAUGGAGGAUGUCCCAGGACUCCUAGAAAAGUUUACCUUUAAAGACACUCCUCCAGUGGCUCCCAGGGAUGAUGUAUUUACCUGUAACGAGAAGUACCUCCUUGCUUCAUCUCGGGAAUCCAAGAACACUCCCAGGGACAAUCUGGAUGAUUCCAUACAGAGUAGUAGUCUUGGGUCACUUUUUGAUAGACUGAGAAGUAAGGUUCGUGAAAGAGAAGGGAAUCUUCUUGUGUCAUCUCUGCCUUUCGUGAGGGACCGUUCUGCAGAAGACAGGCUACAUUUUCCUUCUGCAGCCAAUAGGCACUGGCAGGUCUGUGGACAUAACUCAAUUCCAUGCCCUGACAUUGGCUUCCUCAUGCUCGUGAGAUGGGUCUUGUUGGAAGUCCUUGGCGAAGUCAGUGGCCUUCUCUCAGUUCCCGAAAGGAACACAGCUCCUGAGUUGCAGUCCCAAGGAGGAGGCAGGUGCCCUCGUGUUACAGCAGGCUGCUUUUCUUCUAGACCUUGUAAUGCUUUUUGUUCCUUCAUUUUAGGAUGUGAACAUCCAACUGUCAGAAAAGAGGCUGCCGAGUAUUCUACUUCUUCCUCUGAUAAUGAAUUUGAAUUGAAGCCUUCGUUAACACAUAAGGCAAAAAUGUCUCUUAGAAGGAGAAGGAAGCUGGAGAAGGAGACAAAGCAAAUGAUUAAACAAGAGGAGCUGAAGAGGCUUCACAAAGCACAGGCAGUCCAGCGGCAACUAGAAGAACUGGAGGAAAGACAGAGAGCACUGGAGAUUUUUGGUGUUAAACUGGAGAGGGAACUCAGAGGAGAAUCAGAUUCAGGUACGCAGGAUGAAACUCAGAUGCUACAUGAGUGGUUUGAGCUGGUCCUGGAGAAGAAUAAAUUAAUGCGUUACGAGUCUGAGCUUUUGAUUGUAGCCCAAGAACUAGAACUGGAAGACCACCAAAGCAGGCUGGAACAAAAGCUGAGAGAGAAGAUGGCUGUUGAUGACAGCCUUAAAGAUGAGAUGGAUCUAAAUGAGGAGGAUGAAAUUUUUACUGAGAUGAUGAAAGUGGUUGAAGAAAGGGACAAACUUGUGUCUGCCUUAGAGGAGCAGAGAGUGAAAGAAAAAGCAGAAGAUCGGCACUUUGAAAGUAUUAUCUUAUCUAGAGGCUAUCAGCUGAGUGGGAUUUAAACAGCCAUAUGUAAAUAAACAUGAUUUCAGCAAUAUUCAUAAUCACAGAGGUACUAUCUUGUGAAUUAUGAGGGAAUUCAAAUUUGAAGUCAGCUUAUUUGGGAAAAGUCAUCUUGUUAUCUUAAGCAGUUUCUUUGCUUACACUAGAGUGAGUCACUUCACUGUCAGCUUCAAGGGUCGCAAGAAUAAAGAAUGGGACUGGAUUUACCUGUGUGAUGGGCAUCAUGGUCUGUAAAAGGGAAAUCAGAGCUCUGAUGUUUUCUUGGAAUUUUAUUUUAAUGCUGAGAAUAGAGUUCCUGAGAAACAUGAUGACAUCAUCCAGUAUUUUUGAGAUGGCAUUACUUUCCAUCUGUUUGUCUGACUCUGUAUGUGGUUUUGGGAAUAUUUUGGCACAGCCAAGCAAUGAUGAACUAUUUAAAGGCCAAAAAGCAAGCUUCUUGUAUAAAAUUACGUUUAAUAAUAAAUAAUUAGUUUUUAUUUCUGGUGGAGGAAGGGUCUUCUGACUAAUAACUACGUAUAAGCACUCAUUAAAACUAUUGUAAAUGCAAUGUCAGAAAUUAAUUUUCCAGGUAUUUCUAACUUUUAGAAUACUGUGUAUUUUUGAACAAGAUGUUGAAACAAUAUUAAAUCCCUGCAUUUUGUAAAAUGGUAAGGGAUCAUCAAAUGGGUGACUUAUCCUUAAAACUGUUAUAGGCUCAAAAUAGCUUUUAUAUGGCACAGAUAAAGAUCUUUUCUAAAAUAUGCUGAAUGAUAAUUUUAAAAUCCAGACCUGAUUAGCAUCUAUAGGGUAGAUUUUACAGUUGUUUCAUAAAAUAUAUCACAAAUAGUAUCAUAGGGUGUCAUGAGUAGUGUAGCAGUUACAAAUCUCCCUUAGAAUAAUUCAUCAAAACAUUUACAAAAAAUAUUGUUUUGUAAUGGAAACAUUUAAUAGAAAAUGCUGUGAGUAUAUUUAAAUUACAUUUAUAUUGCUGCUCGAAAGUAUACAUGGAGAUUUUUUGCUUAAAGGAGGUAUCUGCUAUCUUUUUUUGUACAUGCAUGUAUAGACAUUGGCAUAGCAAAUGUGCAGAAAUUCUCAUUAGUAUUCAGCAUACUUUUAAGUACUUUCUUAAAUCUGAGAUAAUUGUGCCAUUUAAGAUUGGUAACAUUCCCAACUGUAUGUAUGAUGCACUACAUUUUCAAACUGAAAAAAAAAACACAAGGAGAAACUGAAAGUCUGUUUAUUCUUGAAUAUCAUUUUACCUUAUGCUUUGACUAAGAUUUGGUGUUCUCAUUAUUUCACAAAUGGUGCUUAUUUGCAAGAGUUUUCUGUCUUGCAGCCAAAGCUACAAGCAUUCUUGUUACAAAAAAAAAAAAAAGCUAAAAAAAACUCUUGGUAGCUACUUGUAGGGUAACAGACACACUGAAUCCUGUCACAAUAAUUUAUGAAUGAUUUUUUUUUUUCUGUGUUGUAAGAAAUUUAAAAUAUCCUUUUUAAAAUUAAAAGAAAGAUUUUACUAUUGACCACAGAUUUACAAUAUACCUCUAUUGGUGCAAGGAACAUACUAUUGUUCUGCAAUAUUUAUGUAUUUAUACUUAUUUAUUAGCUGGUUUAAUGAGGACAAGCAUCUCAUUACAUUUUCUAGUUUGGAUGUUGUCUGCAAUUUCCAUAAAUAAAAGUGUAUUUCUAACAGUUAUUUAUAGGUAAAGGUCUGCAUAGUAGACUAGAUAGCUUUAUCAAUUUGGUAAUUAUUAGUAUAAAAUAUGAAUUAAGAUUUAAACAGCAAUAUCUUAGUGGGAUACCCUUACAAUAUAACUUAUAGGACCUUAGCAAUAUAAUUGGUCUUUCAUAUUGGAAAGAAAUAGCAGAAUCCCUGAAUAUAUUUCAAAAUUACUAUCAGUUUUUUUUUCCUUCUGUCAUUCAUAUGCUGAGCAUACUUUGAUCUUCAGGUUACAUUUUUUUGUUGAGAUGGAUUGCAGUGAGUGAUUUUUAAACCAACUCUAUUACUUAAGAUUGACGCAAAGUAGAAGCAAGAAGGACAGCAAUAAAUAUUUAAAUUUUCUCUGUUGAAAUCUGCUAGCAUUUCCAGUUUUGUGGAGAAAAUUUCUGGAUUUUAUCACUGUUCCCAGAAGCCUCAUGUAGUCCAGUAGAUUAAUACUGUCUAGAUCAUCCAUCGUUGUUCUCUGUAGAAAACUGAGAGUCAUAGUACUUUCAACAUAAUUUUUUAAAGUUUUAAAGCAAACAUUUUUCUUAGUGCUUUGCACAGGAUGGUAAUUCAGCACAGAAGCCCUCAGUUUUUUCAAUCAAGGAUUAUUUUUUUCACCUCACUGUUACUCUCAGAAAAGCCCAUUCAUCCUCCUGUUGCUGCUGUACAGAAAGCAGGAGGAAGGGCAGCCUCAGAGGAACAUGAAGCACCUUGUCCUGAGGGGCAGAUCCUCUGCCAAAGUCUGAUCCUCUCGCCCAGGUAAGGUGCCACACUGCAAGUGCCCAGGUUCAGGCCACUCCACGUUGUAGACAGGCCCUGUGACUUCACCUUAUAGCAGAUCCUUGUUUGGCCAUUGAGAGUUGAGAAUAUUAAAGUCAACAGGAGCUGAGAGCCAUCAGCAUUUUAUGGACCUCAAAAAUAUUAUUUACUAAAAAGUUACUUUUCUGCAUGCCAUAACACGCUCCACCCACAACUGCAAGUCUCGUGUAUCUGCUCCUGCGUGUAAAAACCUGCCAGGCUACCAUUACCCUGACUGAUACCAUGUACCUCACAAGAUUAGAUCCAAAAAUUAACUAUGCAGGCGAUUUAAAAAAAACAAAAAACAAAAAACAAACAAACAAAAAAAAAAACAAACCUCUUCAGCAACUUAAAGCAGAUCUUCAUGUACUGUGAGAGUAAAGGAGGAAAAAGAAAAAGAAGUUAUGUGCACUGUUCACAGGUCAAUUUAAUAUGGCUGACUUGUAUUACAAAUGUAUUUAAGAGUGUUUGGUUAUGAGUGCUCUUGCUGCUCAAUCUUUUCUUUAAAUUGACUCACUAACGUAUAAUGGAUUUAUGGAUUUUUUUUUUCAGUCCUUGGCACUGUCAUUGUUGGGUAUAAUGUGAUGUGCUGGAACGUAUUGGCCGUGUCUAAAUGGACUAGAUGUGAGCAAUUUUGUAUUUGAAGAAAUAAAAUUGUAUCUCA